AUGCCCCCAUCUAUUCCUAAGUGUUUACACUCUCCAAAGGAGGAAUAUGCCUCGAUUAACCGUCUUUUGCUAGUGACAACAACGUUCGAGUACGUUCCGCUUUCCCCCGUGUCCCUGCAACAAUCCUGCUUUGAAGUACUCCUGUUUGACACCACUCUACAGCUUUGGCGCGUUGAAUCUACUGGGGAGGAACGAAAGGUGACUUAUCUGAGUACACUGGUGAAGCAUACGCAGGCUGUCAAUGUGAUGCUGGCAUCCGCCGGAGACGAUGGUAAUGUGUUGCUCUGGGUACCGUCUGAGUUGCAAACACAGCCUGGGCUUGGCGAGGACCGGUCGGACGACAAGGAGAGCUGGCGGGUGAAGCACAUGUGCCGCUCAUCCGGUGCCGAGAUCUACGAUUUGGCCUGGUCACCCGAUGGAGUCUUUAUCAUUACAGGGAGCAUGGACAAUAUUGCUCGAAUCUACAAUGCUCAAAAUGGUUGGUUUAUCGGUACCAGCGGACUGAUCCAAGUACGAAAGCUGACGGUUGACUUCGCAGGGCAAAUGGUACGGCAGAUCGCAGAGCACUCCCACUAUGUGCAGGGUGUCGCGUGGGAUCCGCACAAUGAAUUUGUCGCGACUCAAUCAUCCGAUCGAUCAGUUCACAUGUACAGCUUGAAGACUAAGGAUGGUCAAUUUACCCUGACCCCCCACGGCAAGAUCCUGAAGAUGGAUCUGCCUGCCAAGCGCAUCUCCUCCAGCAGCCCUGCCCCAGAACCGACCAGCAGGCCACAACAGAGCUCGACCAACUCAAUUGCUAUUGCCUCGCCUGCUCCAUCGACACCGGGAACCCCAAUGGCUUCUAACCUGCCAAUGGAUCCUCCUCCAGUUUCUCACAGUCGGCGUUCCUCGUUUGGCUCGUCCCCGUCGAUUCGACGCUCCGCGUCGCCCGCCCCAUCUUUGCCACUGCCCGCUGUGAAGCCACUAGAGGUCUCCUCCCCGAGCCUUCUUGGAGGCCUUGGUGUUAAGAAUGCCAGCAUCUAUGCCAAUGAAACUUUCACAUCUUUCUUCCGACGACUAACAUUUGCACCUGAUGGGAGCCUUUUGUUCACACCGGCUGGCCAAUAUAAGACCUCUCAUGUCUCAGCCACCGAUUCUUCAAAAACCACCGACGAGAUCAUCAACACCGUCUACGUCUACACACGGGCCGGUUUCAACAAGCCGCCCAUCGCCCACCUCCCUGGUCACAAGAAGCCGUCGGUAGCGGUCAAGUGCUCGCCAAUCUAUUAUACCCUGAAGCAGGGUACGCAGCCGGUCAAAAACAUGACUGCGAUGUUCCCGCCUCUGCCGGACUCUAUCGUGGCUUCGAAUACAUCGUCUACAAGCAAGCCUCCCAUGGACCCGCCAUCUUCUAACCAGGCAGGUGGCGAUGCACCCAAGAUUCAGGCAUCACCGAAGACCACCGAGAACAAGGGCAAUGAUGCUGGACAGAGCUCAACCUCCACAGUAUUUGCACUUCCUUACCGCAUCGUCUAUGCUGUUGCCACACAAGAUGCCGUUCUGGUAUAUGACACGCAGCAACAGACUCCUCUGUGUGUUGUGAACAACCUGCACUUUGCCACCUUCACCGACUUAACUUGGGCCAACGAUGGGUUGACGUUGAUCAUGAGCUCUUCUGAUGGUUUCUGUUCCACCCUUUCAUUUGCUCCGGGAGAGUUAGGUCAGAUCUACACGGGUACGAUCUCGACUGGUUCGAACCCAGUUAGUUCCAACACCCCCUCGACAAACGUCACGCCUCUGCCAACUCCGACACAUGCCCCAUCACCUGUGAAACCGACCCACGCACCAACGAGCACCGGAGGUCCUGCGACAGCCAGCAAUGCCCAGGUACCACCGGCCAGCCCUGCGCGGUCUAACUCAGCAUGCUCAGUCGCGACCCAAUCAUCUACGCAGCAGUCUGCAGCUGUGGUCAACAACCCAACACCGACCCUUGGCUCUGUUCCCUCGGUGACAGCAACACACUCCUCGCAACCCUCCACUCUUCCUCUUACGACGCCACCCCAAACCCCUUUGCAAACCUCGCAGCAAAGCACUGCCAGUGGAUUUCCCAGUGUUCUAGGCAAGCGGGACGCACCUACAGUCAGCGAAUGCGAAAAGGAGGAGAGCAAGGGUCCCGACUCAACCGCAGCGGACCAGCAACCGAAGAAGCGCCGUGUUGCGCCGACACUAAUCUCGGCCGGUACUAAUUCAGCCUCGUCCAAAGAUUACAACCAAAACCCUAAUGUCGGUGGCUGA